UAAUUGUUCUUUUUUUUUUGUUUUGUUUUGAAGCUAAAUUAUUGAAGGAAAAAGAUGGAUUCAAAUACACCAGAAUUCGAUUACUUAUUCAAAUUGCUGAUGAUUGGAGAUUCUGGUGUUGGAAAGAGUAGUCUUUUAUUGAGUUUUACUUCUGAUACCUUUGAAGAUCUUUCCCCAACUAUUGGUGUUGAUUUUAAGGUCAAGUACGUAAAUCUUGGCGGCAAAAAACUGAAGCUUGCAAUCUGGGAUACAGCUGGACAAGAAAGAUUCAGGACAUUGACAAGCUCAUAUUAUAGAGGAGCACAAGGAGUAAUCAUGGUAUACGAUGUGACAAGGAGGGAGACAUUUACCAAUCUCCGUGACAUAUGGGCAAAGGAAAUUGAUCUCUAUUCGACUAACCAAGAUUGUAUCAAGAUGCUUGUUGGAAAUAAAGUUGAUAAGGAAAGUGAAAGAGUUGUCACAAAGAAGGAGGGAAUCGACUUUGCUAGAGAGUAUGGAUGCUUAUUUAUUGAAUGUAGUGCAAAAACACGUGUAAAUGUGCAGCAAUGCUUUGAAGAGCUUGUGUUGAAGAUUUUAGAUACACCUAGCCUGUUAGCUGAGGGGUCAGCAGGUGGAAAGAAAAACAUCUUCAAGCAAAAACCACCCCAGGCUGAUGCAUCUGCAAGUGGCUGUUGCUGAUUCUGCAGGUUUUAUACUAUCUACUUCGUUGUCUUUGUCUUCCGAGUGUGUGUUAGGGUUGUGUUGGUGAUGGCGGUGCGGGUAGGGGUGGGAGUGAGGGUGGGGGGAGGUUUCUCUAUGUAAAUCUUAUAUUCCAUUAACUGAAAUUGGAGUUUUGUAACGUGCUUGUAAUUUUCUUGGUUUUGUUAGCUUGUUGUUAACUCUGAUGUAUGAGUGAUAUUGGGGAUGGUCAUGUCCCUAUGUAAUGUCUUAACUCUUGACUCCUGAUAUUAAUGUUGGCUCUGAAACUAACAUGGAGGACACAAACACUUACAGAAGAAUGUUACACACCCUCUUACAUCAAAUUAAAUUGAUGGUUUAUCUUUA